GGCAUUCCCAAUUCCAAACCAUCAGUUUCCUUCGCCCAAUUACUUCAAUUAAUUCCCAAUAAAACUGAUUUAAAAAAUGCAAUGAAUCUCUCCCUCUCUCUUCAGUUCCCAUUAAAACCUUUUUCUCUCUGAAACAAAUUUUCAGUCAAAGCCUCUGCUCGAAAUUCAGCGUUAUCCUCAACUCUUCGUCUUCUUCAUCUCUCGAUCCGACCUUUUGCUUUCUUCCUCCGUCUUCUUCUUCCACCAUUUCGGAAAACCACGACUCUACUGAACGAGAAAUUCGCCGAUGGAUUGAUUGCUAAUUAAGACCGGAUUUCCCGAUCAGGUGCCUCAUUUUUCUUUAUAUUCAACCAAUUCGUCAAUCAUCCACCACCGGAAACGCACAUUCCUCUGAACGAAACGAAGACCUAGCCGGAAUUUCGAUCAGAGGAGGCGAGAAGAGCGAGAAAAUCGAUGUCUCAAACGGCGCCGUUUAGUUCCUCUAAUUUGGAACGGUUUCUUCAAUGCGUUACUCCUUGCGUUCCUUGGCGAACUCUUCCUCGGAGCUGUCUUCAUGAUCUCAAUAGUCAGUGGCAACAACCUGAUAAAGAUACCAUUGGGUACUUCACGCUUGGAGAGCUGUGGGAUUACUACGAUGAAUGGAGUGCAUAUGGUGCUGGUAUACCAUUACAGUUGAAUGCUUUUGAAACUGCUACCCAAUUCUACGUGCCUUAUCUGUCUGCAAUUCAGAUCUACACAAGCAAGUCUGUUCCACCUUCCAGAAGCCGAAGAUAUGAUAGUGACAUGGCAGAAUGUGAAAGCGAUUCUUGGAGUGACGAUAGCUGGAGUGAUAUCUUGUCAAGAUCCCUGAGCAACAACUCUAGCAGGACAUGGGAUGCUGUUUCUGAAGAUUCGAUCUUCGACCAGGAGGGAUCGUGGCCGCUGAGGGAAAAACUUGGCUACCUCUCUUUACAGUAUAUGGAGAUGUCUUCUCCUUAUUGGAGAGUGCCUUUUAUGGACAAGAUAAGGGAACUAACUCAAAACUAUCCAGCACUAACUACACUUAGGAGUGUGGAUCUUUCUCCAGCUAGUUGGAUGGCUGUUUCCUGGUACCCUAUUUAUCAUAUCCCUAGUCAGAAAAACGACAAAGACUUCGCGACGUGCUUUCUAACGUAUCAUACAUUGUCAUCAUCUUUUCAAGAUUGCUCUAUGGAUCAUGAAGGGCAAGAUGGAUGUAGUUAUUCCGAAUCCGAUACCGGGGGUCAAAUCGAUGGCAAAACUAGUACUUCUACUUCUACUAGCCUUUCUCCAUUUGGGUUAGCCACUUAUAGAAUUCAGGGAGACCUCUGGUUGAAGCCAGACACGUCUGACUACGACCGAAUCGUCGAUCUCUAUCAUGCAGCUGAUUCAUGGUUGAAGCAGCUCGGUGUCCAGCAUCAUGACUUCAACUUCUUUUCCCUGCACUCGAGCAUGUAAAUAAUCAGUUUCCAUUUCGUAGGCUGGCUUACUGAUUCUCCUUCAUGCAGGUUGUAUAUUUCUGUUCAUGCUUUUGCAACCAACAUGAGAAGCUCUUACCUCUGCCUCUGCUCACUGCAGUUCAUUUCACAGUUAGAAAACCAGGAGUUUUGAUUCUGAACCAACGCUUUUGUACUUUUUUGCUCAUGAAAAAUGAUGAACAUUGCUGUGGUUUAAAAGCAGAGGCAUGGCUGAGGGUUUUUUUUGGGUUCAGGCUUCAGUUUUUCUCCCCAGUCUGCUUUUAACCUUUUAUGAUAUGAACUUCCCUAGACAUGUAGGUUGCUAUUAAGACAUGCCUGAUUGGGAGUUGUUUUGUAAUUGAGUGUCAAUUUUGUUUAUCUGGUGGAGUUGUAAUGUAAGUUUUUGUUCUUGUU